GCUCGCCCUACAGUUUGACACGCACACACACAGUUUUAGAGCCGCGUUCUCUCAAACUGUAAGCAGUGGAGGAGCUGCAGACAGCAGCAGCAUCCGUUCUACGUGGAUUAUUCAUACGCUUUUUUCAAUUGGGAUAUCUUCGUAGAGAUAUAUCUUUGGAUAUCUCUCUCGUUGAUGUUGUUGUUGUUGUACAGUUUUCCGCUGCGGAAUUUGUUGGGGCGGAAAAGCGAGAGGUGGCAAAAGGUAGCAGGAAGCCCUCAAAGUGUCGACGAAAAUCGUUAAAAAAUAGAAAAACACACAUUGCGACUAUGUCAAGACUCACUUGAAGACCGAUCCGAUCCGACCCAUCGGACAGGCACAAUAGAAGGAAGGAAGUAAGGAAGGAGCGAAGGGAGAGGACGAACCACGGCAGACACUAGUAGACUCCACAUCCCGAACCCACUCAGGAUUCGCAUGGACAAAGGCACAAUGAAGCGCAAGCAGAGAAGAUACAGAACCACCUUCAAUACGCUGCAACUGCAGGAGCUGGAGCGGGCCUUCCAGCGCACCCACUACCCGGAUGUCUUCUUUCGGGAGGAGCUGGCCGUGCGCAUUGAUCUGACGGAGGCUCGGGUCCAGGUGUGGUUCCAGAACCGCAGAGCCAAGUGGCGCAAACAGGAGAAGAUUGGCGGCAGCAUGGGGGACUACAAAGAAGGAGGUCUGGAUCUGGAUGUGGCCUACGAUGAUAGUGCGGCGGUUCUGGGUCAAUUGGAUAGUGCAUUGGGUGCUGGCGGUACCCUGCUGCCGGACACCCCGCCGCAGUCAUCCAAUUCGCUGGACAACGAACUGAAGGCGCCCUAUGGAACUGGGGCCCUGUCGCCGUCACGGCUCUCGCCCAACAUCUUCCUCAACCUGAAUAUCGAUCACCUGGGCCUGGAACGGGGUGGCAGUGGCCUGUCCAUGGAGUGGUCCACCUAUCCGCCGCAGCAGCAGACGGAACCGCAUCCGCACUCGCAGAUGGAGUCCGAGCAGCAGCAUCAGCACCCGCCUCAGCAGCAUCAUCAUCAUCAUAAUCAUCAUCAGCAUGAGCACCAACAGCCACAGCAGCAGCAUCAGAAUUCUCAGCAGCAGGAGCAGGACCACCAUGAGGGACUGGAGUUUGCUGCCUGCUCCCUGGACCUGGACAUGGCUGAUGGGUCCUCCGCCUACGACGAGAUGAAGUUCCUCAGCGUGGACCAGUUCACCAUCGACAGCUUCAAGGCGGACUGCAUCCUCAGCAUGGAGCAGUCGCCGCUCCCGCUCCCGCAGAUCGCUCCUUACGUGAGUCACGCUCCGUCCCACCUCAGCUCCAAUGGCGACUCCAAUGGCCUCCAAUCGCUCUGCCUGGACGGGAUUGGGUCGAGCAGUGGCCUCGGCAUGGCCUCGUUCGGCGGUGGCCUCUCCUGUUCGCUGCUCUCCCACCAAGUGAGUGACGGGGAUCAUUCAAAGGGAUCAUCGCCCCCAUCCCUGCUGGUGCUGGACAAGACGCUGCCCUCGCUGAGCAUUGGAGUGGAGGGCAUAGCCGACCUGGUCGAGCAGCUGCAUCAUCAUCAUCACCAGCAUCAGCAUCACCAUCAUCAUCAGCAUGAGGCGGGGGCCAGCGAUAUCCUGUGAAUCCAAUUUAGGCCAAUCAAAUGCAUAGUUAAACUAAUCUUAAACCCAA